AUGAUGCUCACGGCGCGCGACCGGCUCAUGAUCCGCCGUGAGUGGAAGGAGGCCAUCUACAACAAGGCCAAGAACCUCCGUGUACGCAUGUACAGGCCGGUCGGCGUCGGCGAUGCCUCCGGGAACAAGCUGCCGAUGCUCAUCCACUUCCACGGCGGCGGAUUCUGCCUCGGGUCGUGCACGUGGGCCAACGUGCACGUGUUCUGCCUCCGCCUCGCCGCGGACGCCGGCGCCGUCGUGCUCUCCGCGGGGUACCACCUCGCCCUGGAGCAUCGCCUCCCCGCGGCGGUCGACGAGCAGUCUGCGAGCCCCGCCGCCGCGGGCGCUGACGCUUGGCUCACCGAGGCCGCUGACUUCGGCCGCGUCUUCGUCAGGUGGGAACAGCAAGUGGGAGAGGUGGGUGGGGGUGGGAAUGACAGGUGGGGCUAG